AUGGACGUUGACUUUGCUCCGUUUCAAAAAAUUCCACGCGAAAAACAACGCAACGAUGCAAAAACGGGAACAAUUGAUCGGGAUCCAGAGUACGUGGCCUUUCUAAACGAGUUGGCGAAACCAAAAAACAAACUUCCUAGUGCUGAAACACUUGUGGAUAUGGCAGAAGGUGAGACGGUCGAAAAGCCCGUAGCGGCGUUGGUCAAGUACUUGAAUGAAAAGAAAGUUAACAGCCGUGAGAAGAGCAAAGGAAAAUUUGGGGGGAAACCAAUUGUCAAGAAUGCCCGUCGACAGAAGGGAAAGAAAGCGCAAAAAGUAACGAAGGACAAGUCGAAACUUUCGAAGGAGCGCAAUAAGAAAAGUAGCGUUGACACAGUUGACCUUAAGAGUCGCAAGCAACGCGGAAAAGUGUCUUUGCAAAAGGAGCCAACAAAACAGGAACUGGCAGAACCUGGCAUACUGCGCAUUAUGACUCCCAAGUCUGCUGUUGCGGCUGGCAGUUCUACUUUUACUCCUGUUGCCAAGUGGAAUGGAUCUGCGCUUUCGGCCGAUGCUAUUUCUGAACGUGGAUCUGAGAAGCGUGCUCCUAAAAGUGGCAAAAAAAUCGGCAGUCGUGGACGCAGCAACCACCAAAAGAGCAUCGAUGGAAUUGAUAGUGUUGACGGUGAUGGUACCAAUUUGAAACCAUCUUCACGCCGUAAAAGUGGGAAUAGUGGCAAGAAGGAGCCGAGCAACAAGGGCGAACGGAAAAAGAAGAAGGUAUUUGCGCCAAAGGAUGCAACUGCGCAAGGCACACCUUCCAAAAGUUGA